CGCCGAAUGCUGAAAGUGAAUUCAAUUCACUCGUCAGUUAUCAGUACGGUUGCGCAGGCAUUCUUGCUAUUAGGGUUUACUGGUAUGGGAAGAGGCAAGAUCGUCAUAAGGCGAAUCGACAAUUCGACGAGCCGGCAGGUAACUUUCUCGAAGCGAAGGAAUGGUUUACUAAAGAAGGCCAAGGAGCUGGCAAUACUGUGCGACGCUGAGGUCGGAGCCAUCAUCUUCUCCAGCACUGGUAAACUCUACGAUUUCGCUAGCACCAGCAUGAAAUCAGUGAUUGAUCGAUACAACAAAGCUAAAGAAGCUCAACAUCCUCAUCCAGGGAGCUCAACGUCUGAAGUGAAGUUUUGGCAAACGGAGGCAGCAAUGUUAAGGCAACAAUUGCAAAACUUGCAAGAAAAUCACCGGCAAAUGAUGGGAGAAGAGCUGUCAAGUUUGACUAUAAAAGAAUUACAGGGUUUGGAAAGCCAAAUGGAAAUUAGCCUUCGGGGUGUCCGUAUGAAAAAGGACCAACUUUUAAUGAAUGAAAUACAAGAACUAAACCGAAAGGGUAGCCUUAUACACCAAGAAAAUGUGGAGCUUUAUAAGAAGGUAAACCUACUUCGUCAAGAAAACAUAGAAUUAAAUAAAAAGGUUUAUGAAACAAGAUAUGGGAGCGCAACAAACAGAAACUCUGUUCUUAUGAAUGGUCUGGGCAUAAGAGAGGACUUGCAAGUUCCUGUAAAUCUCCAACUCAGCCAGCCAGAGCGAUAAACUGAUGAGACUCCUUCAGGAGCCACAAAAUUGAGCAGAUUUCAACUGCACUGAUGGAUCUACAGGAGAUGCAUGAUUCUUGAUGCCAUCAAGAUUAUGGGGUUAGAUUUGAGUAUUGUGCUUUAUUCAUGAUGGGUCAUGUAAGCCUAGUAUCAUUGAGCUCUAUGAUUCCAACUUGAAGUUAUCAGCAAAAUCAACUCUAGCAUUUGUGCCAUGUUCAUGAAUAAUGAAUACAGCAUCUUGUGUAAAGUUAAGACCAAAUAAAACAGAAAACUCUUCAAAACUGCAGCCAUGUGAAAUGCAUUUUUUACUUAUUUAUUCUGUUAAAAGA